AUGGAGACCGAAAGCAAAAAGGUAUCAUUACUACAAUCUGGCUCUGUAGAUUCAAUCAGCUCUCUUCCAGAUGAGUUACUUGCUCAUAUCUUGUCCCUUAUUCCUACUAAACGAGCUGCUUCUACCUCAAUCCUCUCCAAAAGAUGGAGGACUCUGUUCCAAAUCACGAAUCUUGUCUGCUCAUCUCUCGACCUAGACGACUCUGAUUUACUCUAUCCCGAGAGACAUAGUGAAGACGCAUCUGAUAGCUUCAGAGACUUUGUGGAUAAGACACUUUCAGGUUGCAACAACAAUUCCUUAGAGAAAGUCUCACUAAAAUAUCAAGAUGAUGAUGUUCUUCACUGCAUAGGUCUUACUAAGAGAUGGAUAUCAAAGGCAUUGGAACAAAGCCUUUCGGAUCUUGAUCUUUGCCUAACUAUGCCUUUGAUGCCCAAGCGGCGACUACGUCUUCUUCCUGACAAUCUCUUCAUCAGCAAAACAUUGGUUAAGCUCACUUUAGGAACAGAGAUUUGUCUUGGUAAUUCUCCUUUGGUGGAACUCGAAGAAUUAUACAUCAAUCACAAUCACGUUAGAGGUAGAGGUCCCGAAUUCAACAAUCAUCGAGCACCUCACUAUAUGGACCACACUAACAUCAAGAAACUCACGGUUCACUACAACAAUGAUGUUCAAUCCCCUCGCAUUUUGUCAAUCUAUACACCCAAUCUUGUCUACCUCGACUACUCUGAUUAUCUUUCUUGUCACUAUGAAUCGGUGGAUAGCUUCGAUGAUCUUUUAGAAGCCCGCCUUAACCUUGUCUUCCCGCGGAAUGGGAGAUGGGGUUAUGAACACAAUACCUGUUUAAAAAUCCUAAACUCUAUCACCAAUGUUCAAAUCCUUUACCUCUCUUGUUCUACUGUUGAGAACUUGGCCACUCUACAUUUUGAGGGUAACAAGAAAGAGUAUUGGAAAUUGCUUUGCAAUAUGAUUGAGAAAGCUCCAAAGCUAGAAACUCUAGUCCUUACGGGUUUGUGCGGAAUAAGCGAUUGUGAGGUUAACAUUGAUGGUGGAAAUGUGGUGAAGUUGGUUGAGAUACAAGGCUUCAAAGGAAGAGUUGAGGAAUUGAACCAAGUGAAGUGCUUCUUGAGAGAAAUGGAGAAUCUUGAAGAGAUGAAAGUGAACAUCAGUGAUGAAACAGACAACAAGUUGCAACUCAAAAAUGAUCUUCUUGCUCUUCCUAAACGCUCAUCCAAAUGCAAAAUCCAUGUCUUGUGA